UGCACGACUGUGCGACAAUGUGUCUCUUUCUUAAUUCCCGAUAGGCAGCGUUCCGCGGACGUUUCCGUGAUUUCUUCCGCGUCUUAUCUAUUUGUAUUAACGAUGUGUACGAUUCGAACAAUAUCGUAGUGUCAUCAUCUAAACGUCUAGUUGACUCUGCACGCUAGUCCGCUGGUGACCACCGACCCGCCGUGUACGUAGUACACUGCGUACGUCGCAGCCCGCGGUCGUCGUCCGAAAUAGAUUUUUAUUAAGCGGACGUCCGUGUCGCCGUCACUCAACGGACACGAAACGGCGUUUAACGAUCGUGGUGUGCGAUGCGUGACGGUUUUUGCUCCUCGGACCUUUAAUAGAGAUAUCAUGCUAUGAUCGCUAUGGGUUUAUGCGCUGCUUUUAACGGCGAUGGGCCCUCGAAAACGUCAAUCGGUACAAACGUCCGUCAGCUCGGCGUUUAAUAUCGUCGUCGCAGAGGAUCUCGGCGACAAAACGAUUUUCAUUUUUCAUUACGCUAAACGGCCAACCCAAUCGACGACGCUUCGUGUGUCGUCGUUGUUGUGAAUCCUUAUCACGGCUGUGUGGCCCUCCUGUACGGUGCAAACCGUCGUUUUGGAUUUAAUCGAUAAUAAUGUGUUUUAGCCCGACAAUAUAUAUUAUUAUUACGAUAGUGUAAUGUGGUAUAUCAUAUACCUACACAUUUUUCUCUUUGUUCUAACGUAGGUACUGCAUACUUAUUACCGUGUUUGUGUGCAUCGUCGUAAGUUCUCCAAUCGUUUUCCUCUUGUAUUUCACAGCGACAAUCAAUUAUGUUAAAUUUUUUUGUUUCGACAGAUUUUUCUUGUCUAGUAUUCUCGGCCGUUUUUACCGUUUCAAUAUUAUAUUAUUACUAAUUCUCCUCUUCAAGACUGUUUAGUAGUGACCUCGAUUUAACGAAAUUUUUACCAAACGAAAUCUGUAUUUUAUUAUUGAAAUGUAAACAGUUGUUUAUGUUCUAAAGUGAUAUCUUAUUCUUAUCAAGUAAACAUUGAAUACAAUGUUCUAGUCAGUUCUUAGUAGCCAACUUUGAUUUGUGUUCUGGUUCCAAACAUUUACUAUAUAUUUAUGUAGUUGGUGUUAGCAGUGUUAAGUAUAUUAUGUAUUUAAUUGAAAAUACUUCAACCAUGUCUGAAAACGAAGGAACUACUAUUGUAUUAGAUGGUGGAUCAUCAGCAAAUACAAUGACUAUUGAUGGGACUCAAAUAAAGUUGGAGGCUUCAACUUCUGGCACUGAAAAUAUAACUGAUAUACAAAAUUAUUUGGAUUCAUUUAAUAAAGAAAUUGAAGGAAAUGAAGUAACACAAGUACACACUGAUGGGGACUCAGUAGAACAUGCUUAUUUCAUUGAUCAAAACGUCCAAUAUUAUUAUCAAACAACUACAGGAGAUGGCCAGAUGGUUAUGGUUGGAGGCCUUUCGGAACAAGAUGCACAAAUGAUGGCCGAAACAAAUGAAAACCAUAUGGACAAUGUCACUCAAAUUGUUUUACCUAAUGUACAAGAUAAAAUUAAAAAAGAUAUCCCUCAAAUUGUUGCUCUAGGAGAUGGUAGUGGUUAUCAAACAGUAACUCUUGUUCAAGCUGAUGCUGAAGCCAACAAUUAUGUACUUUAUGUAGUUAAGCAAAAUGAUAAAAAUGAUGAAACUUCUAACGUUAUGGAAAUCUCACAAGAAGAACAUGAUCCAGAUGAUCCUGAUGUUAGUAAUGUAUAUGAUUUUAAUGAUGCGGAAGACCCAGCUCUACCAAAAAAACAAGAAGUAGAAGAUUCUGGUGAAGAAGAUGACAAAUCUAAAAUAGUUAAAUUAGUACCUAAAAAAUCACAAACUGUAACUCAAGCGCAUAUGUGUAAUUAUUGCAAUUACACAACUGGAAAAAGGUAUUUGUUGUCUCGUCAUAUGAAGUCUCAUUCCAAAGAACGUCCACAUAAGUGUACGGUUUGUGAACGUGGUUUUAAAACUCUAACUUCUUUGCAAAAUCAUGUGAAUACUCAUACUGGAACAAAACCAUAUCAAUGUCGUAGUUGUCCAAGUGCUUUUACUACAUCAGGAGAACUUGUUAGACAUGUUCGGUAUAAGCAUACUCAUGAAAAACCACAUAAAUGUACAAUAUGUGAUUAUGCUAGUGUUGAACUUAGCAAAAUGAGAAAUCAUAUGAGAUGUCACACCGGUGAAAGACCAUACCAAUGUCCCCAUUGUACGUAUGCAAGUCCAGAUACAUUUAAAUUAAAGCGCCAUUUACGUAUACACACUGGUGAGAAACCCUAUGAGUGUGAUAUUUGCUUUUCUAGGUUUACCCAAUCCAACAGUUUAAAAACACACAGAUUAAUACAUAGUGGUGAAAAGCCUGUAUUUAAAUGUGACCAUUGUCCAGCUACUUGUGGACGAAAAACUGAUUUACGCAUACAUGUACAAAAGCUUCAUACUUCUGAUAAACCUAUUAAGUGCAAGCGAUGUGGUGAUGCAUUUCCUGAUCGUUACCAGUACAAGGUUCAUUGUAAAUCACACGAAGGGGAAAAAUGCUAUAAAUGUGAAUUGUGUCCUUAUGCUUCCAUGUCUCAGCGUCAUCUUGAAACUCAUAUGUUAAUACAUACAGAUGAAAAACCAUUCCAUUGUAAACAAUGUGAUCAGUCAUUUAGACAAAAACAAUUAUUACGCCGCCAUCAUAAUUUGUAUCAUAAUCCCGCAUAUAUACCACCUCCGCCACAUGCCAAAACUCAUCAGUGUAAUACAUGCCAACGAUCGUUUAGACAUAAAGGAAAUUUAUUAAGACAUAUGGAAGUUCAUAUGCAAGAAUCAACUGGAAAUGAUCGAAAUACAGCAAUAAAACAAAGACUAGAGUAUACAGAUUCAGCUAAUGAAGACGAAUCUGAAGAAGAUACAAGUAUUCCAACUAGUGAAACUGGAGUUGUUGCAGUAGAAGGUGAAGAUGGACAACAAUAUGUUGUGCUUGAAGUGAUUCAACUUGAUGGUCAAGAUCAGAUGGGUAAUUACUCAUCUUCAAGUGUAUCAAUACAACAAGUUGACCAAUCUUCUUCUCCAAGUCAGAAAGACCUUACAAUUUUAAAAACCGCAUCCUUGUUAGAAGUGAAAGAAGAAUGUGGUGAUGGCGUUGAAAAUUGUUUUGGUUUUGAUGACGAAGAUGAUGAAGAAACAACAAACUCAGGUGGUUAAAGAAUUUUAUUUUAAAUGUAAAAUUUUAUCUAAACUUUUUACAUUUCUUUUUAUAUUAUUUGUGUACCAAGUUUUAUGUUUUUAUCAUUUGUCAUAAUUGAUGUAUAGUGUAAUAUAUUGAACAAACUGCUCUAUUAAAGCUUAUAAUUGAUGUUAUUUUAGAUUAAAAUUAUUUAAAUCUUCGAAAUAAGUAUCCAAUUUUAAACUGCAAUACAUAUUAUUAAACUACUAUACCUAUU